AUGACUGAUUGUGAUGAGAUGUUGCAUAAUUUGAAUUUCAAAUGUAUCAAUCAUACUAAUUUUAUGCUAGCCAGUUUUAAAAUACGAAGUGUUCAUUUCCUAUUCAUUUUGAUAACAAGAUUCUCCCUAUUCAAAACAAAAACAAAAAAGAAAAAGAAUAAAGAAAAAAAAAGAAAAGUAUCAUUUGAAGAAAAAAUGGUUUUAGAAUUUGGCCUCGGUUUUAUAGAUCGUUUAACCGGUGCAAAAACGACUGCCUAUACACAUUUAGAAGAUUUAGCUGAUAGAUUAAAUCAUUUUAUUAGUUGUGUUAUAAUAUUAAUGUUAUCUGGUGUAACAAUGGCUAAUGUAUAUUUUCUUAGACCAAUUUCAUGUACAUUACCAACAUCACCAGAUAAUAAAUUUAAUGAAUUUGCUGAAUCUGUAUGUUGGGUACGUGGGACAAUAGCAAUACGUGAAAAUGAUCAAAUGCCAUUAACAGAUGAAGAUUGGAAUCAAUUACGUGAUAAAGCUGAUAUGUCCUUCUAUCAAUGGGUUCCAUUCUGUUUAUCAAUACAAGCCAUGUUAUUUUUUAUACCACAUAUUAUAUGGCAAUCAUUAGCAACACAUUUAUUAGGUGAAAAUUUAGAAUCUAUAUUAGAUAUGGCAUAUAAAGCAAAUACAGCAGAUGAUUAUAUAAAACGUCAAAAAUUUGUUGAAUCAGCUGCAUAUCAAUUAUUUCGUUUAAGUUGUCAACAUUAUAAUAAUCAUAAUCAUCCAUUAACAAAAUGGUCGAAAAUUCAACAAAAAUAUUCAAACUACUCAUUAAGUAGUUUAUUUAUUAUUGGUAAACAUAUUGGUAAUUAUAUAUCAAUCAUAUAUAUUAUCAUUAAAUUAUUAUAUUUAAUGAAUUUAAUUGGACAAUUAUAUAUUAUCAAAACAUUAUUAGGUUACCAUGGUAACUUGUAUCAUUUUGGUAAUCAAUUAAUAUUAACUUUAAAAUCAAAACAUGAAUGGAUUGAAAGUGAAUUUUUCCCAAGGCAAACAUAUUGUCCAAUACAAGUACGUCAUCUUGGUACUAAAAAUAAUUUAUUUACAGCAAUUUGUGCAUUACCAGUAAAUAUGUUCAAUGAAAAAAUUUACAUAUUUUUAUGGUUAUGGAUAUUAUUUGUUACAAUGAUUACAAUUAUUAGUAUCAUUAUAUGGUUAAUACGUUUUAUUAUCAAAAAUUGUCAAACUACUUAUAUACAACAUUAUUUAGUAGUAUCUAUACAAUCACAAUUAUUAGAUAAAUAUUUUAAUCAUUCAUUUGAUUGUGAUGGUUGUAAUAUACAAUUAAAUGAUAUACGUAUACAUCAAUUUAUUGAAAAAUUUAUUAAAAAUGAUGGUUAUUUUUUAAUACAUAUGUUACGUGAUAAUAUUGGUGAUAUAAUCACUGGGGAAAUAUUAAAUCAAUGGUGGCAUAUGUUUAUUGAUUAUCAUAAAGCAUAUAUUAAUAGAGAGAAACAAUUAAAACAAAAUGAGCAUAAUAAUAAUAAUAAUAAUAAUAAAGAGAAACAAUAUGAUUAUAUGAAUAUAACAUUAGAUAAUGAUACAAUAUUAAAUCCGAAUUCAGAUCAAUCCAAUGGCAAUUUUGUUUAAAGCAAUGCAAUGCUCAUAGUAACCAUAGAAACC